AUGGCAGAUUCUUUGCUUAAUACGUUCACUUGUAAACAAUAUAAUGUUGCGAUUCUUUGUGCACUCAGCCUAGAGCUUCUUGCUGUACGUGCAUUAUUCGAAGAAGAGCACGGAGAGCUACCAACAGCCCAAGAAGACACAAACCACUAUUCAUUGGGCCAAAUAGGACAGCACUUUGUGGUGACUACCUGCCUUCCAUCUGGGGAGUAUGGUACAAAUGCCGCCAGUGCCGUCAUGCAGAACCUGCGACGAAGCUUCCCACAGGUCGAAUUUUGUCUGUUGGUAGGGAUUGGUGGAGGUGUGCCCUCGUUUGAAGAUGAUAUCAGACUUGGCGAUGUGGUUGUUAGUCACCCCAAUGGAGCAAAUCCCGCUGUUGUGCAAUAUGAUAUGGGGAAGAUAUUGGAGAACGGCGAGUUCGAGAGCACAGGGAGGCUACAGGCGCCACCCCGACUACUUAUGACCGCAAUUAGCAAUCUCCAGUCCGACCCAAACGGAGGAGUGAACUCUCUUCAAAUCUCCCUGAAGAAGAUUGGACAAGGAAGAGCUGCAUAUCAAUUUCCAGGUCGAGACGCGGACGUUUUAUUUGCUGCAGAUUCCCUACACGAAACGACCGAUUACAAUUGCCACAGUUGCAACGGACAGGUUAUCAGCAGGCCUGAGCGUCAUUCCGAUCAACCUCAAAUCUUUUAUGGUUCUAUUGGAUCUGGAAACCAGGUCAUAAAAAGUGCCAAGCGUAGGGAUUCUCUACGGGCAAGGCAUAAGAUACUUUGCUUCGAAAUGGAGGCGGCUGGUGUGAUGAAUUUGAUUCCAUGCUUGGUUAUACGGGGAAUCUGCGACUACGCCGACUCCCAUAAGAAUAAGAUUUGGCAACAAUAUGCUGCGGCUGCGGCAGCAGCGUACACAAGGCUGUUGUUAUCUGUCUUGAGAGGCCGCGCUGAUACAAACCAAAAAACCAGGCUUUUAGUCGAGUCUAAAUCGGAGCCGGCCAACGUCUAUAGAGUCACAUUUGAUCGCCUGGCUUUCCUACAAGUUCUUCAACCUGAAGAAGAUGCGGAACAAGUUCUUAAGAGAUACCUUUCAUUUGCAAACCGAGGGCCUUCAUGGAAUCCUUGGCCAAAAGAUAAAGACUCUUUUCAACUAUUCCAGAAUUUAGAUCAGUGGAUUUCAGAUCCAAAUUGUUGCUUACUGACAGUUCGAGGAGCGCGUGCGCGCUCACUUUCCGAGCUCCCUGCUCCAGAAAAUAUUGCCUGUCAUAUCAUUCAGUUCUUAAGAAAGACAACAAGUAUCCCUGUGAUAUACACGUUUUCGCCAAACAACAACAAAAACCGACCCGGGGAGGCAGGGAGAUUUCUGAUUUCGCAAGCGUUAAAGAUCAUCCCUGACAGUCUUUUGGAGGGUUUAGCGCUGAACUUAUCACUGAAAGAGGAGCCGAGUGAAGAGCAAUUGUUUCAUUUCCUGUACCGCGUCUUAUGCUGUCUCGAUGAAUGUUUCAUGGUCAUUGAAAUGAAGCAAGCGGUCUUGGCAGAACGAUUCCAAGAUGCUCUCCAGCGGGCCAUCAAUGAGUCCAAGGCCAAGUUCAAGGCGAUUAUCAUUGCAUAUAACAUACGUUGGAAAGCCUCCAAUGACAGCACGAUGCAGAAUGCUAUCAUGCCAUCUAUUCGAUUGCGUGGUUCACAACCUGGCUGGGAUGUCUGCUGGAACCGCUCAAAGCCAGUAUUCAAAUAG